AUGUCUUACCAGCCUGGAUACCCUGGUCAGCACGGUCACCACCAACCUUCUAUGCCCCCCAUGCCCUCACCGAGCUCGCGCCCUGUUGUUUCGCCUGCCCCGCCUGCCAGCCACGGGACCACCAGUGGCCCUUUGACGGGCAACGUCGAGGGGGCGUCAUACAAGAUCGACCACCGGGACAGCAACAGCAUGCUCUACCUCCGCCUCCAGCCUGGGUACGAGAUCAAGGGCAAACCCGGGAGCAUGGUCGCCAUGGAUGCAUCCGUGCAGAUCAAGGGCAACUUCAAAUUCAGCUUCAAGAAGGUCUUACUGGGGGCGAUCACGGCUGCGCAGAUGUCUGAGUCGACGUUCACCGGCCCGGGCGAGGUCAUGCUCGCGCCUGAGACCUGGGGCGACAUCGUCCCCAUCCACCUCGACGGCCAGACUCCAUGGAUGAUCGGCAAGGAUGCGUUCCUCGCCUGCACCAGCGGCGUCGCGCGCACCACCAAGAGCCAAGGCUUUGGCAAGGCUCUCUUCUCCGGAGAGGGCCUAUUUGUUUACCACGCCACCGGCCAGGGCGUGAUGUGGGUGCAGAGCCUGGGUGCCGUCACGUCGCGCACGCUCCAGCCAGGCGAGCAGUGGAUUGUCGACAACGGCCAUCUCGUCGCUUGGACGGCGCAGUACAAGGUUGAGCGCAUCGGCGCCGGGGGCUUCCUCUCGAGCUCGCAUACGGACGAGGGGCUUGUGUGCCGAUUCACUGGGCCCGGAACGGUGUACAUCCAAUUCGCUCUUGCAAAAAUCCUCGAAUCUGUAUGUCUGGAUGAUACCGUAUACGGGAUUCGAACAUCGGACUCGAUCACAUGA